GUUUAAGACAUCUGUUCUCAGUAAAGAGAUUGUCUGAAGAGGACAGGACGGAACACCUCAUAUGUUAUCGUUUUAUUCUUGAUUUAAAGAGUAAACAGACAGCCUUCCAGUUUUUACAGAUGGAACAUGGUUCUUUAACUGCCAAUCAAAAUACACUGUGUGUGAACAGAGAAACUGUGCUGGCUAACACACGUGUGUACCUGGAACAAGACAGACAUAAUUUUUGUCUCCCUUUAAUGGUGAAAUUUAAUCUGGAGGAUGGGUUAGAUUACGGAGGCGUGCGUGCUGGAUUCUUCACCCUGAUUGGACAGGAGAUAAAAAAUUCCAGUGUCAUUCAAACUUUUGAGGACUCGGGACUCGUCUGGUUCUCUGCUGAUUCUGAAUUCAGUCAGGAGGAAUUCUUCUAUUUUGGUGUCAUGUGUGGCUUGGCCUUAUAUAAUCACUCUUUUAUAAACAUCGGCUUCCCGAUGGUACUGUUCAAGAAGCUGCUGGACCUCAGACCGACUCUGCGUGACCUGGAGGAGCUGUCGCCAGUGGAGGCCAGGUUUAGCAUCAUUUCUUUUUUUAAAAAAAGACAAAGUUUUUUUUGUUGA